AUGGGACAUAAUGCAUUUCUGAAACAUGCUAGGUACAGUAAAUUGCACUACUCUAGUGCAAUAGAAAGUAAAUGGGAUAUCUGAAAACAAAACAAAAAAGAAAAAACUAAGGGGAACAUCUGGAUUUACAACCGUAUUUCUUUGGAAAAAGGGUUUGUGUGAUUUUGCUAAAAUGCAUCACCAACAGCGAAUGGCUGCCUUAGGGACAGACAAAGAACUGAGCGAUUUACUGGAUUUCAGUGCGAUGAGAAACAGCGAUUUGAAAAUGUUCCCAACAUCAAUGAUGUUUUCUCCCCCAGUAAGCAGUGGAAAACAUGGACCAACCUCUGUUGGAAGUGGACAUUUCACAGGCACAAGCCUGGAAGACAGAACAAGUUCUGGUUCCUGGGGAAAUGGAAACCGCCCCAGCCCAUCUAAGAAUUAUGCAGAUGGUUCUCAAUAUAACCACAUGGCCAACCGGGACCUUGGGUCACAUAACAUGUCCCCUUCUUACGUCAAUUCCAGACUACCAGGUAAAACGGAGAGAGGAACAUACUCUUACGGAAGAGAGUCAAACUUACAGGGGUGCCAUCAGCCAAGUCACCUGGGAGGUGAGAUGGGUAUGGGUAGUCCUGGGGCACUUUCACCUACAAAGCCAGGGUCACAGUAUUAUCAGUACUCCAGCAUUAAUCCCAGAAGACGACCAUUGCACAGCGACUCCAUGGAGGUACAGACAAAGAAAGUCCGGAAAGUUCCUCCAGGUUUACCAUCCUCAGUAUAUGCCCCAUCAGCAAGCACUGCCGAUUACAACAGGGACUCACCGGGGUAUCCAUCCUCCAAACCACCGACCAGCACCUUUCCCAGCUCCUUCUUCAUGCCAGAUGGUCAUCACAGUACUGAUCCAUGGAGCUCCUCCAGUGGGAUGAACCAGCCUGGCUAUAGUGGAAUGCUGGGAAACUCCUCACACGUCCCACAGACCAGUAGCUACUGUGGCCUCCAUCCACACGAGAGGCAGAGUUACCCGUCACACUCCUCAACAGACAUCAAUUCCAGUCUUCCUCCAAUGUCCAGUUUUCACCGCAGUGGCACAAACCAUUAUUCCGCCUCCUCCUGUACAGCGCCUACAAAUGGAACAGACAGCAUUAUGGCAAACAGAGCAGCAAGUGGGGCCGCAGGCAGCUCACAGACCGGCGAUGCCCUGGGAAAAGCACUAGCAUCAAUCUACUCUCCCGAUCACACCAACAACAGUUUUUCAUCAAAUCCUUCAACACCUGUUGGGUCUCCCCCUUCUCUCACAGCUGCGGCAAGCACAGCUGUUUGGUCAAGGAAUGGAGCCCAGGGAUCAUCAUCUCCAAACUAUGAAGCUCCACUGCACUCUUUGCAAAGUCGCAUCGAAGACCGGUUGGAAAGGCUGGACGAUGCCAUUCAUGUGCUUCGUAGCCACGCGGUAGGUCCUUCCACGGGCAUGCCCAGCGGCCACAGUGAGAUGCACGGUUUAAUAGGACCAUCACACAAUGGGGCAAUGGGAGGACAUGGGUCUGGAUAUGGCACAGGGCUCCUUUCAUCGAACAGACAUUCAUUAAUGGUUGGAGCUCAUCGUGAGGAUGGCGUGGGAUUACGUGGCACAAUUGUGCCAAACCAAGUGCCAGUGCCCCAGCUCCCAGUGCAGUCAGCAACUUCGCCUGAAUUAAACCAGACUCCAGAUCCUUACAGGGCUCUCUCAGCUGGGCUCCAGGGACACAGCGUGUCAUCAGUAAGCUCGGAGAUCAAAUCUGAAGACGAGGGGGACGAAAACCAGGAUACCAAGUCCCUGGAUGAGAAGAAAACUGAGGAGGACAAGAAAGAUAUCAAAUCAAUUAAUAGCAAUAAUGAUGACGAGGACCUAUCCCCAGAGCAGAAGAUCGAGCGGGAGAAGGAGCGGAGAAUGGCCAAUAACGCCCGGGAGCGUCUGCGUGUGCGUGACAUCAACGAGGCCUUCAAGGAGCUGGGGCGCAUGGUGCAACUUCACCUGAAGAGCGACAAGCCGCAGACCAAGCUGCUUAUCCUCCACCAGGCCGUGGCCGUCAUACUGAGUCUGGAGCAGCAAGUCAGAGAGAGGAACCUGAACCCGAAAGCUGCCUGUCUGAAAAGGCGAGAAGAGGAGAAGGGAUCGGCAGACGCGCCUCCUCUCUCUCUUGCGGGGCCACAUCACGGAUUAGGAGAUGCAUCCAACCCCAUGGGACAAAUGUCCAAGCUGCCAGAGUUCUUCAAAAUGAUGAGCGACCACUUCCUUUGACAACGUUACUAUCUUAAUCCCACAAACCAACACUUUCCCCACCCCUUUCUUGUGUAAAAUAGAGACAAAUGCAAGUAGCGUAGAAACACAGACACAAGAGAUUUUUUCAGCAUUCCCGAUAACGUUAAUGUGCAACUUGAGGUGAACAACUUUCUAAACAUAUCAUUAGGAAUGUUCAACAAUGUUGCAAGCUGUUGUGCACAGCCUAGAGACUGAAUGGCAAUCUUCUCCACACUGUGGAACAAUGCAUUUGUGCCUGAACUUCUUUUGGGAAAAAAAAAAAUAUAAUCAAUUUGUAAGUCUUGGGGGGGAGGGGGGGAAACAAUAUUUAAUUUUAACAAAAUUGUAAAACUUGCAAUAAUGAAAAAGUGUACUUCGAAAAAAAAAGAAAACAAAUUGUUGGUGUGCUAGUCAGCUAGUGUUUCUAUUUACUGGAGGAUAAAGGGAAUCAUUGCUGCCCCUAUAGCUACUUAAACCAGCAAAUGUCCUGAUUAUAACUUUAGUCAUAUCACUAGCCAUUCCUUUGCAUGGGAAGAGCAGAUGGAUCUUAUGAGCAUAGGGGAGAAAGGUAGUAGUUUAUUGACUGUUGCUUAUUUGCUGGGCUUAUGCUGUCACACAGUGCAAGAUAGAAAUGAGCUAGAUGAGUAGAAUUUAUUGAUUCUUUUUUUCUACUUACUAAGACCUGAAGACUUGCUUUGUAGGCACUGUAUGGCUCAGACUUACAUUGCUGUUGACUAGCUCUGCAUAUGUUUUCCAUGGGGAAAACCCUGUACCAAGUGCCACGGCUAUGGAUAAAUUAAAACCACGUGAACGAAGGCACAUUUAGCUUUUGUAGUCUUACCCAGGUUACUCCUUACAACCCAUGCCUAUCCCACUCCCCAGAGAUGCAAUGUUAACAUGCUACAGUUUUACCAAUGUGCCUUUUAGAGUUCAUAUCAUUAAAGGGAACAGGAGGAUGCUAUCUGAACUUUUUAGGAUGCAAGCUUAGGGAACUUGUUGGUCAUUAGGUCUAUGCAGUCAGGUUUUUUUUUUAUGACCUGUUAAAAAACAAAAAAACAAGAAAAAAAAAUAUUUUUUGGAUAAACUGUAUUUAAUGUAUUGUAUGCUUAUAUAUGUAAUUAGGAGAUGUGUUCCUGAAUGAUCCUGUUUGUGUAAAUUAUCCCAAGUUGCGGCCCGUUUUCGUACUUAGUAAAAAAACACGUCUAGAAACAAGUGUUGUAUAGGUCUUAAGUAACCUUAAGUAAUGGCUUUCUGUGAGCCACAGUAGUCCUUUAGUAUAGUAUGUGGUUGUAUGUGUAGAUUUGAUUUUUAGUCUGUUCUGGUUUCGCUGUCAAGGCAACCGCAAAUUCUGCAGCAGAAAUGUUAAUACCGUUUUAACUCAUCGACUUAAAAUAGACACUGCAACUGGAAGAAAUAUACAGAGGUUAUGCUGAAUCUAAAAGAGAAAUUUAGAAAGAGAAUUGUUUUCUAUAAUCAUAUGGGGUAAAAUGUAAAAGGCACCUCAGUAUAACCUUUCUAAAGUCUCGGGUUGUGUUGGCUGUUUAAGUGCCAUGGAAGGUGAUGUGGCUACUCAUGGCAUCAUAUAAACUAAACACCAUCGGAAAGGCAAAGGAGUUCCAUCUGCUCUACUUAUUGCCAAUUAGCUGUUAAUGAAACACAGAUAUUUGUAAAUUUUAUGCAACAAAUGCAAACUUAUCAUUAUUUUGAAAUUGUGUAUGUAAAAGUUAUAUUUUUACAUGUAGACUCUUGUUAUGUGUUUAGAAUAUGUUGUAUCCGUUUUUAAGAAAAAAAUGAAUUCAGUGUGUGUUGAAAAUGUGUCACAUUGAAAAUGUAGUGAGAUUUAAGCUUAAAA